GUGCGUGUGUUUUCUCUCUAACUUGACAUUCUAACAGCUCGAGCGGCAGAGGAAACACACCCGUCAGCACCGCGCGCAGAGACAGGAGAAGAGGGGGAAAAAAGGCGCAUCACGGACAAAGAAAAACAUGGGUGCUCUGGAGAGGAUUGACUCCAGCCGGGUGACGCUAUGGAUGAGCUGCUCCUCCUUCAUCCACCGGGAGACCAAUUAGCCCACCUUGAUGAGGUGCUGGGAUGCGAGAUACUGCAAGCUGAAAAAGGCGGAAGGAAGGCUGCGUUUAAUCCGUCUGCAGAUCCUCCUGUGAGCUUGCCAUGGCUGUGACGGGGAUGAUAUGCAACCGGACUGGGAGAAGUAUUAAUGUGCCUUUUUAUUUUGUGCUGUUUUCCUUAUUUUGUGGCCUUGCGUGUGGACAGUUGCGAUAUUCCAUUACAGAGGAGCUGGAAAAUGGGGCACUGGUCGGAGAUCUGGCGCACGACCUGGGGCUGGAUAUUCGUAAGCUCGCCAGUCGAAGAAUCAAGAUAACCUCCUCCAGCAGCGGCAAGCGCUAUGUGAUUGUCAACCCCAAAAAUGGGAAACUGCUCGUGAACGACAGGAUCGACAGGGAGGCGCUGUGUGAUCUCUCCAUCACAUGCCUUAUUAACCUGGAGGUGCUCGUGGAAAACCCCACAGAGUUGCACCAUGUCGAGGUAGAGAUUGUGGACGCCAAUGACAAUGGGCCGCAGUUCCCUAGAGAUGAGUACCAACUGGAAAUCAUAGAAUCCGCCCUGCCGGGGUCCCGUUACCCCAUUGAACACGCUCAAGACCCUGACGUCGGGUCCAACUCUGUCCGCAUGUAUCAGCUUAGCACAAACGAGAAUUUUGCGCUCGUCUCCAACAAACCCUCCCUAAACACAAAGCACAUCGAGCUGGUGCUCAAAAAGCCCCUGGAUCGCGAGCAGACGCCUUACCACCAGUUAAUUCUAAGUGCUGUGGAUGGUGGGAUACCAGAGAAAACAGGCACGGCCAAGAUUAACAUCCGGGUGCUGGACUCCAAUGACAAUGUCCCUCUGUUUGACAGCUCAGUAUACAAGGUGAAGCUGUUGGAAAACUCUCCCAAAGACACCCUAGUGAUUAAACUGAAUGCUACAGACCUGGAUGAGGGCACAAAUGCAGAGGUUUAUUAUUCUUUCAGCAGCUACACUCCAGAGAGGGUCAGACAGAUGUUUAGCAUGGACACUAAUACUGGAGAGAUACGAGUGAGAAACAACGUUGACUAUGAAGAGACCAACUCCUAUGAGAUGUACAUUCAGGCUAUGGAUAAGGGCCCUGGAGCUGUGGCAGCUCAUUGCAAAGUGGUGGUGGAGGUUGUGGAUGUGAAUGACAACGUCCCUCAGAUUGUGCUGUCAUCCUUGUCGAGCCCAGUGAGGGAGGACGCUCGUGCAGACACAGUUGUAGCCCUCAUUAGUGUCACAGAUCAAGAUGCCGGCACCAACAAGCAGGUGAGCCUAGAGAUCCCAGCAGGCCUUCCGUUCAAGAUCAAGUCAUUUAGAAAUUACUACACCCUGGUUACCUCAGCCUUCCUGGACCGUGAGACCACUGAUGCCUACAAUGUCACUCUGAGUGCCACAGAUGGAGGAAACCCUCCCUUAUCUUCCCAAAAGACCAUACAGGUGGACGUGGCUGACGUUAAUGACAACCCGCCACGUUUUGAGCAGACCUCAUAUACAGUUUAUGUGGCUGAAAACAAUGCCCCCGGGGCCUCUUUGUGUACUGUGAAAGCUCAAGAUGCAGACAUUAAAGAGAAUGCUCGCAUCACCUACACAGUGCUCAAUGACAACAACCAUGGCAUUCCUGUCACCUCGUAUGUGUCUGUGAAGGCUGAUACAGGCGAGGCUUACGCCCUGCGAGCCUUUGACUAUGAGUCACUGAGAGAGUUUCAUUUCCAGGUCAAAGCCCAGGAUGGGGGCAUUCCUCCACUCAGCCGAGUCGCCACAGUUUACAUCUACAUCAUGGAUCAGAAUGACCACGCUCCGCUGAUAGUAAGCCCUGCUGGCAAUGGAACCCGCUCAUUGGAGACAGUCCAAAAGAACGCUGACCCUGGUGCCUUGGUGACCAAAGUGGUGGCAUAUGAUGCUGAUGCGGGUCCAAACGCCUGGAUGGUUUACAUGCUGGAGACUGCCACAGACUUAGAUUUGUUUAAAGUGCACGAGCACACCGGAGAGAUCCGGACCACGCGUAGGAUCCUGGAGGACAAUUCCACCUCUUUUGCUCUAACUGUUGUUGUGAAGGAUCAUGGCCAGCCAGCCCUAACCUCCACUGCCACCAUCAAUGUGGCCGUCAUGGAAGUGCCACCCAAAGUGGCUCCUGAUACCAAGAAGGUCUCGCGGCCCCACAACACACUGUUUUUCUCCAACGUCACCCUAUAUUUGAUUGUGGCCUUGAGCGCUACAACAUUUGUCUUCCUGGUCACUGUGGUGGUGCUGGCCAUCGUUCGUUGCCAUGCCUACUGCUCCCAGCCCGGCUCAUGCUGCGGGUCUCAGAAACCCCCUCCAGAUGGUGGGAGCAGCAGUGUGAAUGCUGGCGGGGGAGGUGGCGGAGGGGCCGCAGGACAGCCUAAUAACAAUGUGGUGCUUCGGAGAGACCUCAAAGUGGAACCUCACUAUAUUGAAGUGCGUGGGAACGGCUCCUUAACAAAGACAUACUGCUACAAAACCUGCCUGACCGCCACCUCUGGCAGUGAUACCUUCAUGUUCUACAACACAGGGCGGCCCAUCAGCGGCACCUGGGGUAGCGGUGCUGACCGCUUCUUCACCAGUGGAAGUGGAUUUGUGCGCAGACUGAGCAUGCCCGAUGCCUCACUCCAAAUCUGCCCAGAGCCAAAAGCCCCGAAUGCUGACUGGCGAUAUUCUGCGUCUUUGAGGGCAGGAGUGCAAGGUGCGGUCCACAUGGAAGAGUCCUCAGUGGUGCAGGGAGCCCAGGGGAUGCUGGUCCAGAACUGGCCCACUGUAUCAAGUGCUGCAGAUGGAGAGGGUGGUGGAGAGCUGUCCCCCCCAGUGGGCGCUGGAGUCAACAGCAACAGCUGGCACUUCAGAUAUGGCGCUGGACAAGGCUACAUGCCUCCUCAGCCUCUGAAACCUGGAGAGAUUCCACCUGAAGCCUUCAUCAUACCUGGAUCUCCAGCCAUCAUUUCUAUCCGACAUGACCCGGGCCCUGUGGACGACAAAGGUGACUUCAUUAGCUUUGGCAAGAAGGAGGAAGCCAAGAAGAAGAAAAAGAAGAAGAAGGACAAGAAGGACAAGAAGGAUAAAGGAAAGGAUGAUGGUGGUGAUGAUUAGGUGAGGAUGUGACCUGAAAGCAGAGCAACCAAUACACUACCAUCCCAAUUUCAGAGCCAGGAAAGAAAGAUGCACACAUAACCUAGGGAGCCUCCAUGCACCAUAUUUGCAUAGACUUUGUACAGCGGCCAAAUCCUCAUUCGACCAGGCCUGGCUCCCACAUCAACCAAACUCCAACUGUUCUUUUAUCUAACGGCUGGACUAAAUUAAAACAGAAAGCAAUUAAUUCAUUAGAUUUGCCUUUCUGUGAUUUGCGUCCAGCUCUCACAAAACCCCCACCCAGUUUGUAUAAUGACAACAAAGCACCCAAAGAAGUGUGCUGUUUGUACCUGAGCAUCGUCCGCCGCGGGGUUGCUGGUGUCAACAUCUCCAGCAACCUCGUUGUUUUUUGCCAAGACAACUUGAAGUGAAAGCCAAACUGAAGCGGACAAAACAAAUGAAACAGAAGUUUUGUCUUCAAUAUUAUGGAGGGCUUGUAGGAGUUCAGAAAAUGUGGUAUUUUAUAAAAAAUUAAAAAAAAUUGAUAAAAGAAAAGAAAAAAAUGAAAAGAAAAACUUUGAAAAAAAAGUACCAACACAGUACGAGCUGCGUACCAUACGGUAAGCACCUUUAAGAGGUUGAGGUGACUGAGAGAAGCCGGACACACUCAAGCACUCAAACAGCUCUGUUUCAGUGUAACAUAGCACAUAAUGCAGGCGGACGACCUGCACUGGGUUGAACCAUCAAUGCGCAAGUUUGUUCCCAGGUUAGUUUAGAGGAAAGUGGCUUCAUAGCUGAUGACUCAUUUGUAAUUAGCAAGUUACUAAAAUCUAAAUGUACAGUCGAUAUUAAAAGUUCAGUUUAAGCUUGUAUCUAUGACAAUGAAACACGAGUCAGCACUAUCGGUUUGCUGCUGAUUGUGGGAAACUGUGAAUUUUGAAAUGAAUCGUUGGGCUUAAAUGCUGUGAUUGGACAAAAUCAUCCAUUUUUGUCUCUAUAAUGAGAACAGUUUUUACAUGUUUUUGUCCGCUCUCUGCAAAUUAUCCAUGGCUAACCAUUUUUUCUAAACUAACUACUGUGAUUUUGGAAUUUUAUAUUAUUGGCAUCGGCGUUUGUGAUGAGCUGUUCAUAGAAAAGUACAUUAGUUGAAACCUUAGAUUGUAUAUAUGCUAAACUGGACACCAAAGCAGAAUGCGGAAGUUGAAGCCAAAAGUAAAUCUUCGCCCCCUAGAGGCUGCCCGCAGUAUAAGGUUUAGGUCUAUGCAAAUAAAUAGACGUUUUGGCAUCAAUGGGACAUGCUGGCUUCACUUUUAUACAAAAGAAGAUGAACAUUGUUUAUCUUUAUAUGCAGUCUUUGGUUGAAACUCAAAGUGAUGACAAAUAAUCAGAUUUAAUGUUCACUUUUAUGAUUUAUCUAAUGCAAUAUUUGCUAAUAUAAACUCAAAAUUGAGAAUUUGAAUAGAGUUCUUAAAGCAAAUCUCAUCACAUGAGCAUGUUGUCUGUUGUACAACCAAACGGUAUUUUUUGUUAAUAAAAAGAAAACACUGAAAAAUAUUCCAAUGCAGCUGGUUGGCAGACGUAUAUAAUGUGUAGAAAAUGGACAGAAACAUGGAAAAAUUAUUGCUAAAGCACUUCAAGUUACUAAAUGACAUGGAACUUAUGAAGACAAAAAAAAAAA